AUGUUAAAAUCAGCUUCUGGCACUUUGGUGAAUGUUCUUAAACGAUCUUUGGUGCCCGCCACCAAUGUAUGUGCUGUAAUUCCUGCUAGAAGAGCGCACGGAGGCCCUGUGGAAUCGGACGAAGAUUUCGACAGAAGAUAUGAAGCUUACUUCAACCGAAAAGAUAUUGAUGGUUGGGAAAUCCGCAAGGGCAUGAAUGACCUCUGCGGUAUGGACCUGGUGCCUGACCCUAAAAUCAUUAUUGCAGCCAUGCAUGCUUGCAGGCGGGUAAAUGACUACGCCUUGGCUGUUAGGUUUAUUGAGGCCUGCAAAGACAAGUGUGGUACCAAAGUAGCCGAGAUCUACCCCUACAUAAUUCAGGAAAUUAAGCCAACUCUCUCAGAGCUUGGCAUUGAAACUCCAGAGGAACUAGGCUAUGACAAGCCAGAGUUAGCUUUAGAAAGUGUGUAUGAGAUGUAA